UAAUACAUUUUUAAUUGAGGUGGCAGAUUAUUACUCAAACAGAAAAUUACUUUUUGGAGAUGUAGUUCAAUUAACUUUGAAAUGGGUUUGGCCAUAGAUAACUAAUAUAAUGAUUAUUCUGUCCUAAAUUGGAGUUUGUUGUGCCUAUCUAAUAUUUUUAUAUCAAUCAACUGAUGCAGUUUUAAAUUAAAUUAAUAUUCCUUUGUCAAAAAUAACAAUUUUUUUAUUAACCUUGAUUCUGAUUAUUCCUUUAUCAUUGAUCAGAAGGAUGAAAUACUUUCAUUAUGUAAGUAAACUGGGAUUUUAUGUUAAUUUACUUACUUUCAUUAUAGUAUUUUCUGAUUCUUUGAAUUUAAUAUAUCGUGAUGGCAUUUCAUAUGGACCUAGUAUUAAUUUAUAAAGUAAUAUCGAAAUUAAUUUAGAUACAUUUUAAUUUAUUGGGAUAGCCUGUUUAACACUUUAGUGCAAUUUGACUAUUCUACCAAUCAGAAAUGAUAUGACCAAUAAGCAACCUUUUUAAAGAUAUUAAGAACUAUCAUUAUAUUUAUGCUUUUUUAUUGCAAUUUUUAUAACAACUUUUGCUAUUUGGGGUUACAAAGAUAAUAUAAAUUAAAUUAUCAUUUUCAAUAUUCAAAACCUUUAUCUAAGAUCAGUAACCAUGAUUGCUUAUGGAAUUUGUAUAUUAAUGACAUAUGCACUUUAAUUAUUUCCAGCUGUAUAAAUUAUUGAAGAACAAUUCUCAUCAUUUACUUACAAAGAAUUUGACCAAUCUGAAAAUUAAGAUGAAAGUGUAUUUGUAGUAGAUAAAAUGUCGUUAAUUAUCAGAGGGCUUUUAAUGUUAAUAAUUUAUUUUAUAUCAUACAAAAUACCAGAUCUAUCAUAAUUUAUUAAUUUAAUUGGAAGUUUCUUUGGUUCAUUUUGUUAAGUAAGGUAAAUAAAAAUUUUAAUAGUUUUUGAUCCCCUUAUUAGCACAUUGGAUUUGCUUCAAGGAUUAAGAAGCAAGCUGGAGAUUGAAACUAGAAUAUUUUUUUAUGUCAAUAUUUACAGCCUUAGCAAUCAUAUUUGGUUCAUAUGAAUCAAUCAAGGGUUUGAUGUGA